ACGGAAGAUGUAUGGUUGUGCGAAUGUUGAAUGCUGGAGGAAGACCUAGCUUAAUCUAUGAAGCCAUGAGGAACGAAGUUGGAAAACCUACAGUAACUAGAAAGGAAAUAUCAAACUUAGGUUUACAAAUUAAUUUUCUAGAAGAAAAUGCUUCAAUGGAGGCACUAAUAAUCGGCAUGGAAGAAAGAGGAUAUACAGAAAUAUUUUGUCAUGAUUCAUUCGAUGUAAUUAUUAAAACAGUAGAUCGUUUUAUCAAUUUAAAAGACUGUGAUGCUUUAAGUUUGGCAAUUAGUGAUUAUAAAAAUUUGGCUGCAUCAAGCUCGAAUGAAGACGAACUUUAUACGAUUGAAUCACAAUAUAUGAGCCUUUUGGAUAAACAGCAAAAGUCUGCUUUUUUGAACAAACUUGAUGACAUUUUAACAGUCUCAGGAGUUAAACCUUCUGAUAUAAAAGUUUCAGAAAACAUUAUAGGAAAACUCAUCCUCCUGGGACCAAAAGAUUGCCGACUGCAUUAA